AUGGGUAAACGUGCACUGUUAAGAGAAAAAUAUGGCAUUAUUGAGCAACCCAGUGAUUUUCUUGUCACAUGGUGUUGUCCAGUAUGUGCCAUGUGUCAAGAAGCGCGAGAAUUAAAAAGAAGAGGUUUGUCUUUGUUUGUCUUACUCACUGAUGAUUAAAAGAAUUGUUAACACUUUUUC